UAUUGACAGUCAUAUGAUCGGGUGAUCGGCUGCUACGACAAGAUGAAGAAGGCAGGGUUGUUGGUCAUUUUUUCUGCCCUAUUUUGUGGCACUUUCGCUAAGGAUACAGUGCCUGUGCUCAUUUGGAACCCGACGCAGGCUCAGAGUGGUCUCCCUGCAGUGUCUGCUCUCCAGUAUAUUGACUAUGGAACAUUUCAAGGAAAAUACCUGCAGUCUUUUAAGCCAAAUAACAUCCUACUCUUUGAACAAGAUGCGCUGAGUAUUGAAGACCUCUCAAGUCGUCCAGGUAAACUGCACCAUGUGAACCAGUGGAUGGAAAAUAGCCAUUCUCUUUAUCUGCCCAAUGUAGUGGAUCCCACACACCUUGCCCAUGACCUGCCCUCACAAGGAUAUAAUGUGGUGGUCCUGGAACCUGGUUCAUCUACAGCUGGAUUGCAGUUGAAGCAACAAGAGAAGAACCUGGUUAUUGUAAAGCUGCCAUCCACACUCACAAAUCCAAGCAGGAGCCAUGCAAUUCAGAAAGCUGAUGAGGUAAUGGAGAGCGUUAUUUCCAAGAUUGGAGAGAUGGAGGAUUUCACCAUCAUAUUUACGGGACGUACACCAUCAGUCAAAUUACAAGAUGAGUUUGAGCAAAGGGUCCGAAUUGCUCGUUCGCUCCAGGCUGUACCUGAAAAGGGCCUGAGGAAUUUCCACAACAACUCCUGUAUAUUGCUCUACCUUUACAAGAAUAUCACCUUCAAUUUUUACAAAAAUGAAACUCUAGAAAAUUCUUAUACCAUAUCUGAGUCGGAUUGGUUGAGCGACUCUGGAGAAUGUCGUCCAGAAGCAGCAAAACUUUUGAUGAAGUAUAACACUGUUGAGUAUGGAAAGUUUAAUAUCCAGUUCAACUUCAAGAACCUCAACAAUGAAUGGAUGCUGGAAGGUGUGAAGACCCUGAUUAAUAAUCAGCAAGAAUUCUUUAUGCUGAUGAAUAAUGAUAUUAGCGGCAUUCCUAUAGGAAUGUCAUAUUCAUGCAGCGAGAAGACAUAUUUAAAGAACAACGACACUAGCAAGUCAAUCGUGAUGGUUCUUGAUGGCUUUCAGGUUCAGCCUUUCAGCUCAAAUCCGACAAGGUUCAGUGGGUCUUGGGACUGUGUUGGGUUCUUUACUGUACCCAUCUGGUGUGCUUUGUUAGUGACACUGCUCCUGCUGUUCAUCCUGUUCUCUGGAUUGUACAUGCUGGGCGACAUCAAAACCAUGGACCGCUUUGAUGAUCCCAAGGGAAAACCCAUCAUGGUUGCUACAGCUGAUUAAAUUCAGUAUAUAAGGGAUGAUACUUAUAUGCUCUUUUUCGCUGCCAGAAUAAUGUAGUCCCCUAUACAUUUGGAAAAAGUAAACUUCAGUCGUUGUUUGAGCUAGGUGUUUCAUGAAUAAAUAAUGUAAUGAAUAUACAAGGGCUGGCAAGGAAUCAUUCAGAUUUACCAAACCAUUUUCUAAUAUCAAGCUAAACAGUUUAUUGCAUAUUUUAGUUUGUACAUUUGUUUAGUUAAAGGCUAUGUAUGGUAAGUGCAGAUGAGUGGGUUUAUAUCUUUUACUUGAGAAUAAGGUAUAGAUUUAAAAGUAUUUAUGCAUAAUUAUUUCAUCAAAAAAACAAAUCUUGCUUGUAUGGUUCAACCAGCCAGUUCUUGUAGAAUAGAAUUGAUCAUGACUAAAUGAUAUAGUGAUUUAGUGACUUAACCUUAGAUAUGAAAUUCCAUAUUUGCAUGUAGGGGAAAUGGAUGUGAAUGUUUGUGGGUGUGUUUACCAUUUCAAAAACAUAAUGAGGAUAGUGAAUUAUAUAAAAAUAUUCAAAGAGUAAACAUAGCAAAUUUUUAUUUUUUUCUAAGCUUGGUAAUGUAGAGCUGGUUAUCAAAGGAUUGAUAUCAAUAUAAUAAUAUUAAUUUAUAAAGUUAUUCUCUGAAGAAUAUCUGUUUUCAAGAACUGUUUUUUAUAAACAUAAAUUUCUAGGUGUCAUAAGUUAUAUGAAGCUAAUUACAUAUGCACAAAGAUAGGUGUUAAACAGAGAAAGGAAAGAUUGCACUUGAUAGGAUUAUCAGGUUGUAAGUGUAGCUUUACUAUUUUGGUUGAAUAUCUUUAAUAAAAUAAAAAGCAAUUAUGAAAUUUUAAGAAAUAUUUUCCAUAUCAUGCUUUGCUCGAUGAAAUUAAAUUCAUAGUGUGAUUCUGCAAGUAGUAAUCCAAAAGAUUAUGAACAUGAUACUCCUCUCCUUUGUGUGGCUGGUAGUAUAUGAUUAUGUAAAUAUUCAAAUUAUAGUGUGUAUAUAUAGUCCCAAGAUUUCAUUUUUUCCUUAAGAAAUGUAAGUUAUACUAAGAGAAUGUGUAAAGAAAAUAAAUAUGAGGAAACAAAGUAUUAAUAUGCACUACAUUCCAUACAAUCUUGACUGUUAUAAUGUGCACAAUUAUUUAGCUUGUCUGUCUUGUGUUAUACUGUGUAUUAUAUGUACUGUACAGUUGUGUUUUAAAUUAAAGGUGUUAUGGAUAA